CGCCAGAAUGGAAACGCUCCUCGGUGCGCUCACUGGCACACCUCCCUCCUCUCUUCCUCUUCUUUUGAAUUGCGCAGCGGCACUAAGGCAGCAGCAGCACGCCGGGACUCGUUUGAAACAUAUUUAGAGAAAUAAAAAAGCGAAGAAGAGGAUGAUUAUGAUGAUGAGCUGAUCAUGUGUCUGUGGACCAAACAAAUGAUGGAUUGAACUUUAAAAAAUGUCCAAGUGGGAUUCGGAUUCUUCUCGGUUUGUGGAAUAUGUUAACGAGAGAUUUUAAACACAUUUUCUUCUCCAAACUGCAACAAAGAGUCCCAAAAAAGCGGAGUAAAGAGGACUCUGCUUCACGUUUCAAAGCAGGCUGUUGUUGAGAAUGACCAAAGACAUCCACAUAACGAUGUAGUAAAGAGAUCUCCUGCACAGCAUCUUCGACUGGAUGGAAGUAACCUGCACCGAGAGGCAUCCAAGCAGUGCGUAAAACUGAGCCGUUACGCAUGGAGAAAGCUCGGGACUGAGCUUUUCUUUUUAUCCUUAUUUUGUUUGUUUUUUUGUGGUUUUAACUCUGACAAAAUAGAGACAAAGUUAUUCUACUCCUCCUCAAACAGAAAAUGAGUAGCUGUCUUUUCCGACUGGCACUCUUCGUGGCUUGCGCGCUCUCCAUCCGCUGCACCACUGCACCCGGGACCGAGGCGGAGGCGCACACAGCGUCCCGGGAUACCUGCGCGUCCUGCGGCGUGGCUCAGCCGGAGGACCCGGAGUCCGGCCGGCUGAACGUGGACUUCCUGGAGGCGGUGAAGAGGCACAUCCUGAGCAGGCUGCAGAUGCGGGAGAGACCCAACAUCACGCACCCGGUGUCGAAAGCGGCCAUGGUGACGGCACUGCGGAAGCUCCACGCGGGGAGGCUGCGCGAGGACGGGAGGGUGGAGAUCCCCAACCUGGACGGACACCCGAUGAGCAACGACGUGCUGGAGGAGAGCUCGGAGAUCAUCAGCUUUGCGGAGAAAGAUGACAUGGUGACCUCCAAGUCCAGCCUGUUCUUCCUGAUCUCCAGCGAGGGGAACCAGAACCUGCACGUGACGCAGGCCACGCUCUGGCUCUACUUCAAGCUGCUGCCGCUGCCGCCCCCUUCGGAGGCGCGCUCCCGGCGAAAGGUGGCGGUGAAGGUGUACUACCAGGAGCCGGGCCUCGGCAGCAAGUGGGACCUGGUGGAGAAGCGCGUGGAGCUGAAGCGCAGCGGCUGGCACACCUUCGCGCUAACGGACGCCGUGCGGUUGGUGUUCGAGAAGGGCGAUCGUCGCCAGAACCUGGACGUGCGCUGCGACGGCUGCGAGGCCGAAGGCGUCGUGCCGAUCCUGCUCAACCACAACGACGAGUCGCACCGGCCGUUCCUGGUGGUGCAGGCGCGACAAGUCGACAGCAAACACCGCAUCCGCAAGAGGGGGCUGGAGUGCGACGGCAGCAGCAGCCUGUGCUGUCGCCAGCAGUUCUACAUAGACUUCCGGCUCAUCGGCUGGAACGACUGGAUCAUCGCGCCCUCGGGCUACUACGGGAACUAUUGCGAAGGGAACUGCCCGGCCUACAUGGCGGGCGUGCCCGGGUCGGCCUCGUCCUUCCACACAGCGGUGGUGAACCAAUACCGCAUGCGUGGGAUGAGCCCGGGCUCCAUGAACUCGUGCUGCAUCCCCACCAAGCUCAGCACCAUGUCCAUGCUCUACUUCGACGACGAGUACAACAUCGUCAAACGGGACGUUCCCAACAUGAUCGUCGAAGAGUGUGGCUGCGCUUGAGUAUGUUUUACUGCCGUUUAUUUAAGGAAGUGGAAGUGAAGAACUUAAAACUGCGAACAGAUUCACGAUGAUACAACAACAACAAAAUGAAUAUAGAAACAGAAUAUUUAUGGGAGAUAAGAGAAAACAUGAGCACACACAAUCUCAUCCACACAUAUCUACACACCCUCAUGUAUGCCUGCACAAAAACUUGUAUAUAUAUUUAUGUCUGUUGAUAUAUUUCGUUAUAAAACUGUUUCUGUGUAGAAACGAUUCAGUCUCCUUCAAAGGGACGUGAAGAGUUCUCUUCCAAAUCUUUAAAAAUCCACUUUGGAAAAACAAUCAAUCUCUGAAGUUCCUCGUUAAACACAUCUCUAAGAUAGAGAGGAUCUGGUUUGCUAAGACUUAUGUAACCUACUAGCCUUUACAAAGCAGCAUCAGUUGAUGUAAUUCCCUGCUAUCAGUCACGUUGUUAGAGUAGGCACCACUUGUGUAGAAGUUUUGGAAUUAAACUCUUCAUGUGUAGAACGUAAACCCAACCUUGAGCGUGAAAAUAACGUCUCCAGAGGAGCCUUACAUGAGUCACAAAGAAGAUCGGGGUGAUUCAACUAUGCCUCUUUUUGCAAGAGAAUCGUGUGCAAACACACGGGACAAGCACUGAAAAUGUUAUCGGUCAAACUUCACCAACAUACAGCACUUCUGGCCAUUCACACUACGUCUUAGAGAAACUUUGUUCCACGAUAAAACGAGUGGAUGCGAACUUUUGGCGUAUUCCAAAAAACGGAUGGACACUGAAAAACACAAUCUGUAGAGACUUUUCAACAAGGCUGACGCAGUCAAUAAACAGUGAAAUAAUCCUUUUAACUAAAAGGUAGAGUGGGAAUGUGAAGUGUCACACCCGAAAUUCCCUGGAGGUUGUUUCCGAUCUCUUCACAGCUCUGGAUUCUUGUCUUUUCAUGAUGUUAAUUGUUGAGGACGCACUGUUGCAUGUUUCUAAAAGUU